AUGAACCAAACCCCCCCUACAUAUGACUUGGAUCCCAUUUGCAACGCUCAACACAGUGGGGCUAUUGCCGCACUUCGCUUUCUGAGGAGUUACAACCAUUUCGUGGUCCCACCAGAUGCCCACCCAAUGGUACCACUAUUAGCUGCGUUACCUUCACCACCAUGUCUACCAUCAUAUUGCACUCAUCUACCUGUGAGACCAGCAAUUGUCCAAAACCCACAAACUAUAUGCGACAACGAAGCUCGAAGGCGAGGUGAGAAACGGCCUAUCCCAGCUGAACUAAAAGACGAGAAAUACUUCGAAAGACGAAGACGUAAUAAUCAAGCCGCGAAGAAGUCGCGAGACGCGAGGCGGAUGCGAGAAGACCAGAUAGCGUGGCGUGCAUGUCUACUGGAACAAGAAAACGCUUCCCUGCGAGCUCACAUAACAGCGUUACGACAAGAAACAAUGGCUUUAAGAGCUUUGCUUGCAACCAGGGACGAAGCACCGAUUCCAUCUUCUACUACAGACUAG